AGAGAGACUCUAUGUCCAAGUUUAGACGUCUCCAUAUUCAAAGAUUUGGUUGUUUUCUUUCUUCUGCAUGAUCAUUUGCUAAAUAACUCAUUAAACGAGCAAGUUUUUUUGAAGCGUUGAGUCACAUAGAGAACAAAGAUGGGUAGGGUUAAGUUGAAGAUUAAACGGCUUGAGAGCACAGGCAAUAGGCAAGUUACAUACUCAAAGAGAAAAAGUGGGAUCUUGAAGAAAGCCAAAGAGUUAUCCAUUUUGUGUGACAUUGAUAUUGUCCUUCUUAUGUUUUCUCCUACCGGAAAGCCUACAGUUUUCCAUGGAGAACACAGUUGCAUUGAAGAGGUUAUUUCUAAGUUUGCACAAUUAACUCCACAAGAAAGGACAAAAAGGAAAUUGGAGAGCCUUGAAGCAUUGAAGAAGACUUUUAAGAAACUUGAUCAUGAUGUAAAUAUACACGAGUUUUUAGGAGCAAGGAAUCAAACUAUUGAGGGUCUAAGUAACCAAGUAGCCAUUUCCCAAGCUCAGCUUAUGGAGUGUCAUAGGAGGCUAAGUUGUUGGACGAACAUCGAUAGAAUAGAAAACACUGAGCACCUCAAUUUAUUGGAAGAAUCAUUGAGGAAAUCUAUUGAAAGAAUCCAGUUUCACAAGGAACAUUACGCAAAGAACCAACUUUUGCCAUUAGAUUGUACAACAACACAGUUUCACAGCGGGAUACAGUUGCCGUUGGCAAUGGAAGGUAACAACAGUAUGCAAGAAGCUCACUCGAUGUCUUGGCUUCCUAAUAACGAUAACCAGGAAACAAUAUUACCUGGUGAAUCCAGCUUUCUUCCUCAUAGAGAGAUGGAUGGUUUGAAUCCUGUUUAUUCAAACGGCUUCUUUGAGUCUGUAAAACAAGAAGAUCAGAUGUGUAGCAACCAAGGUCAGCAGUUUGAGCAGUUAGAACAACAACAAGGACACGGUUGUUUGGGCUUGCAACAAAUUGGGGAGGAGUUUUCAUAUCCUACACCAUUUGGUACUACUCUUGGAAUGGACGAAGAUCAAGAAAAGAAGAUAAAAUCUGAAAUGGAGUUGAACAACUUGCAACAAAAACAACAGCAGCAAGAUCCUUCAUCAAUGUAUGCUCCAACGGCUAAUAAUGGUGGCUGCUUUCAAAACCCUCAUGAUCAAUCCAUGUUUAGCACUGAUCAUCAUCAUCAUUACCAGCAUUAUCAGCAUCAUCAAAAUUGGGUUCCAGGUCCAGUGUUUGGUCAAGCAUCUUACAACCAGGUUUGUGUUCCAUUGGAACUAUCUAACUAUGUGAUCCACCAAACUAAAUAUGUCUCUGUAUAUUUGGUGAUUGCAGCAACCAAACUAAUUACUAAGGAGAGGGCCCAUCAUGUAUGUAACCUUAUACUAUGGAUGAUGACUUUACGUAUGAACAAGGACGAGUUUGAGCCAUUGUUGUAAUAUACAAUGUUAUAUAUAUAGAGGGACUGUGUAUGUGUGUUUGUAGUGUGAGAGCGUGUGUCAUAUAACUCAGAGGAGUUUUAGACAUUUUGUAUAUAAGAGAUCAUAUACUAUUUUGUAAGAAUGAUAAAAUAUUAUCAACAUGUAUAGUUUGUUUAUAGAUGUUGUUUAAGUGUUUGAGACAACAAAAGAUGGUAUCAUGAAUACACAACAUAAGUCCGAAUAACAAAAACGAAAGGAUCGAAUUAAAAAAUAUUAAACAAAGCUUCAUUACAACAAUAAGUAACUCUUAAGUCAAAUCUAUAAUCUUGUAGAAUUUUCUUGCAACGGAUGGAGUACUUAUAGUUCAUUGAUCUUCACAUUCACAUGGUAACUCGACACGACACAAUGGACAAACAGGAUUGGUGUCAACCCACUUUAUGAGACACUCAUCAUCAAGAUAAUUCGGAACAAGAUCCAGCCGAACUUUCAAAGCACAUCCAGGAGAAUACUCACUACUUGUGGGACAAGUUACUUCAUCAACAUACAAAAUUAGCUUCAUUAUCGCAUCACAGAUAAGAUCGUUGGUGAUUCCAGCUUCCAUCAAGAAGUAAUUCAAGUCCUCUUUGCUUUUGCACUCGUCGUUCUCAUCAUCUAUGAAGUCUUUGGCGAGCGAGAGAGUCGUGAAUGUCAAGUUUUUAUCUUCGCCAAAGAUCGUGGCUGUGACUCUGAUUGUGCCAGCAUCUUCUGGUUCAGGGCUGUUAUCGAUCUCGUGGGAGAAUUUGGCCGUCAUAACUAGUUACGCAAACACUCUCGGUUAAAUCGAAAAUAGGGUUCUACGCAAAUUUUUCUUGUUGUUUGUAGUUGCUCUCUCGAUGAUCUUGAUUUUGCCUUUGAGUGAGUUAUAUUUAUAACCUUUUUAGUCGGUGAUCUAAUUGUACUUUUAGUUGGGUAUUUACCUAAACAAUUUCCUUUUCUUUUUUUUUUAAGAAGAGAGUACAGUUUCCUUUUUUAGACGAGUCUAACAAUUUCCUUUUUUCUUACUUACAAUUUCCUUAUUUUCUUAAGAAUUUCUAUGUUUGACAACCACUAUCUAAGAACAUUUAAAUCGCUCAAGUAUAUCAAAUAGAUUUCUGAGCGUGGUUAAGAUAUAGAGUUCUAAGAUAUAUAUCCUCAAAUAUUAUUGAAUCUGUUUUUUUGACAAAAUUAGCAUAUAAUGAAAUUGUUUCUAAAAUAACACUUACUAAAAAUAAAAAUAAAUAAAUAUACAUUUCAUAUUUUAGUUUAAAUUUAUUGAUUAGUUUUUAGAGUUUAGUAUUUAAAGAGUGAGGUGACAUUGAGGUUAAGAAAUUAGAAUAAUUUAGAUUUUACUACGAAUUUGGAGAUUUCCUCAUUUAAUAAUCUCCUUUGAACCGACACUUCACAAUGAUUUAGAAUCAGUCGAAUGAUUCUUGAACCAGAGUCCAAUGCUAGACUGAACCGAGAGCAAAAAGAUUAACAUAAGAAUAAACUAUAUAUGAUUUUGCGCAAGUCGCAAAGCUUUAAACAAUAUCGCUACCUAGUUCUCAAUCUCAUUCACCAUUCAUCAAUUCAUAUGCCAACUCAAAACGACGCGAUGAACAAACAUGACUGAUUUCGACCAAACAAAAAGAACAAACAUGAUUGCUUACAAGCCUGUACACAACAUAGAUUCAUCGUCAAACUUAAGUCUAGAUGGUUUUGACCAAAAAAAGUCUAGAUGGUACAGUUAAACUCUUCCAAACAAAUCGUGCACUUAUUAGUCAAUCUAGUCUUGUUGUGUAUUUUACUGAUCAAAGAGAAGAUGAUGUCAUGCGGUUGACGUAGACAUGACAAGUCUUCUCUUUCUCUUAUGGUUAGCCUUGUAACAAGCUUGUCUCAAUCUCUUUGUCUUAUCCUCAUAUUCCAAAUCUGGAGACUCCUUCAUCCUUUUCUUCUCCUUCUUGAGCUUUUCCAAUUUUUUUCUUUGCUCAUCUGCGUUCCCUUCCCCUUUCUCCAACUUCUCCUGUUUCAGUUACAAAGGUAGUCACAUCAAAAUUCGUUCAUCUCCUAUAUUGGCUAAGUAGAAGGCUAAUAGUGGAAAUAUGUAGCUGGUUAGAUUCGAACCCUGACCUCGACCCACUUUAACUCAACCAUUGAACUAUCACUACUUGGUUACAACAUCAAAAGUUCACUAAAUCACAAAACUUAAAAUAUGAA